UUCUUCGAGGAUUCGUUUGCAAAUGCCUAUAGUGAUCUUUCCGCAUGGUCGCUCGACUUUAUAUUAGUUCUCACUGUUCGUUUUUAUAUCGGUGAGAUUAGAAGAGCAAGGCGAAGUCGAGAGAAAUCCUUGACACUUGAGGACAGCGAGAAAUUCGCGACAAAAUGACGGGAGCAAGUGGCGCGAGCGUGGCCGGUAGUCCGCUGCCAAAAUGGCAACUCGCUUUGGUUGUUGCAGCGCCGGUAGCGUUGGGCCUUGGUUACAUAUAUUUUAAAAACUCUAAACCGUCAUCGAAGCCUAGUCGCGGUAAAUCGAAAAACAACUUGAAGAAAAAUGGCACGACAUGCGCCGAUAAACAAAUAUCAAUCGAUACAGAGAAUCCACCAAAAAGCACCAAUGAUGCAGAGACUCCAUUGGAAAAAGCUCAGAAAUUAAAAAAUCUAGGGAAUGAGCAAUUCAAAAUAGGAAAAUACGACGAGGCAAUAAGUUACUACAAUAGCGCAAUUGAAACUUGUCCACAAGAGAAUUCAGAAGCUAUAGCUACUUUUUAUCAGAAUAGAGCAGCUGCCUAUGAACAACUGAAAAAAUAUAGUAGCGUGAAAGCAGAUUGUACAAAAGCCUUAGAAUUGAAUCCAAGGUAUGCAAAGGCACUACUACGUCGAGCAAGAGCAAUGGAAUAUUCCAAUGAAUUAGAACCAGCUCUAGAGGAUGUCACUGCUGCUUGUAUUUUGGAAAACUUUUCAAAUCAAACUGCAAUGAUGAUGGCAGAUAGAGUUUUAAAACAAUUAGGUAGACAACAUGCAACAGAAUAUUUGGCAAAAAAGAAAUUAAUUAUGCCUAGUAAAUAUUUCAUCAAAACAUAUAUUAUUACUUUCCACAAGGAUCCUGUUUUUUCAAUGCUUCAAGAUACCGAUUAUAGUGAUAUAUCACCGGGUUUUGCUAAAGCUUUACAAUAUAUAAAAGAACAAAAGUAUGAAGAUAUAAUACCAAUCUGUACUGAAGAAAUCAACAGUUCUGAUCCAAAUACAUUGCCACAUAAAAUGAAAGUAUUACUCUUACGAGCUACAUUUUACAUGUUAUUAGGACAACAUGAUGCUUCAAUUGAAGAUUUUGGAACAAUUAUAAACAAUGAGAGUGUUUCAAAAGACAUAAAAGUGAAUGCCUUAAUAAAGAGAGCUACCUUAUUUAUGCAAUUAGAAAAUCCAGACAAGAGUUUUUGUGAUUUUGAAACUGCUGCUGGACUUGAUCCUGAGUGUGGCGAUGUUUAUCAUCAUAGAGGACAUGUAAAUUUAAUUAUGGAAAAGAUAGAUGAAGCCAGAGAAGAUUUCAGAAAGGCUGUUGAAUUCAAUCCUGACUUUGGAGUAGGAUAUGUACAAAAAUGUUACGCAGAUUAUCGUUAUGGAAUAGUAGAGAGAAGUAAAGAAGUAAUAGAAGAAGCCAUGAAAAAUUUUGAAGCUGCCUUUGAGAAAUUCCCAAACUGCUCAGAAUGUUACACUCUCUAUGCGCAGAUGUUAACGGAAUUACAAGAAUAUCAGAAAGCAGACACUUACUUUGCUAAAGCAAUUGAAAAAGAUCCAAUUAAUGCUACAGUAUAUGUACAUAGAGGUUUAUUACAACUACAAUGGCAUGGUAAUGUUGAGAAAGCUAUAGAAUAUAUUAAUAAAGCAUUGGAGAUGGAUGAUAAGUGUGAAUAUGGAUAUGAAACUUUGGGAACGAUUGAAGUUCAAAGGGGAAACGUAGAGGAAGCGAUAAAACUAUUUGACAAGGCCUUAACAUUAGGUCGCACGGCUAUGGAACUUACACAUAUAUUCAGUUUGAGAAACGCCGCAAAAACACGGCUCACGAUAAAAGAAAGAUUAGGUUCUGAUGUAAUGUUGAAUUUCCAGAAUAUUUAAUAAGUUUUUAUAAAACUAUUCUGAUUAAAUUCGAAAUUUCAAAUUAGAAAUAUAUGUGGUUACCAGAAUUAAAGAAUCAAGUUUCAUAUACGCAAUAUGAACAUAAUUUUGUACAGGGUUUUAAUAGAAGUUCUGCAAUAAUAGAAUCAUUGAUUGAUUUUGCAACCAUA